AUGACCAAUUUGUGGCUGGCAGCCGUGCUCCUCAGCCUCUGCUGUCUGCUGCCUUCCUGCCUCCCGGCUGGACAGAGUAUGGACUUCCCCUGGCCGGCUGUGGACAACAUGAUGGUCAGAAAAGGGGAAACGGCGGUGCUUAGGUGUUACCUGGAAGAUGAAGCUUCAAAGGGCGCUAGGCUGAACCGGUCAAGUAUCAUUUUUGCCGGAAGCGAUAAAUGGUCGGUGGAUCCUCGAGUUUCAAUUUCCACUUCAAAUAAAAGGGACUACAGCCUCCAGAUACAGAACGUUGAUGUUACAGAUGACGGUCCAUAUACUUGUUCCGUGCAGACUCAACACACUCCUAGAUCCAUGCAGGUGCACCUAACUGUACAAGUUCCUCCGCAGAUCUGUGACAUCUCGACUGACAUGAUUGUUAAUGAAGGAACCAAUGUCACCCUCACUUGCUUGGCCACUGGGAAACCAGAGCCUUCCAUUUCUUGGAGACAUAUCUCCCCAUCAGUCCUGGCCUCCCUCUACCUCCGGGCCCUGGCAGCUCUCUCCGUCUUGGCCCUGUGUCCUCUCUACCUACCACCCAAGGGUACCCCUGUCUCCCGGCCCAGCCAGGUAUACGUCUGCCUCCUGGCCCUGGUCCCCCUCUGCCUACCUGCUCUGGUGGCCCUCGGCCACCAGGUACGCCCCUGCAUUCAGGUCCUGUUCCACCUCGGUCACCCGGCUCUGGUCCCCUUCUGCCUCCCUGCCCUUGCCGCCCCCCCCCUUCACCGCUUUUUCUCCCGACCCAGACCUGGCUUCCCGUUCCGCCCCAGCCAUAUACAACUCAGUUCUGCUGCCCGCUUCCUGGCCUAG